AUGGAACCUAAAGUAACAUACAGUGAUCUCGUCAUCAUCGGUGCUGGUCCGGCCGGGCUCAUGGCUGCUGCUUGGGCAAGUCGUAUGGGUUUGGACGCGCGGACACUCGAUGAUAAACUUGACAGGGUACAAACCGGACGGGCCGACGGUCUCCAUGUACGUACUUUGGAGAUACUCGAUAGCUUCGGGAUGGCGAAUGCGAUCAAUGAAAAGGCCUAUCAAUUGCGAGAGAUCUGUUCCUGGAAUCCAGAUCCCGAAGACGACAGCAAAAUUCAACGAACGGAGCGGGUUCGGGUCAAGGAAGAAGAACUUGGCCGGUUCUGUCAACUGGGAAUCCAUCAAGGUUUCAUUGAGCAGAACUUCAUUGAUUUCUUGCAAAGAGAAGGCCGCUUGAGUGUCGAGAGAAACACGAAGACUAAGUCCCUCCAACUAGAAGAAGCUCUCAUGACGGACCACACUGCUUAUCCGAUCUGUCUACGGAUCGAACGAAACAAUAUCACAACCAACGGAGCUACAGCAGACCAAGGCUGUAAGAAGAUCCCCAACACCAAGAUGCGAUCGCCGCAAGAAGAGAUCAUCAAAGCCCGAUACCUGGUAGGUGCAGAUGGCGGGCACAGCUGGACUCGUGAUCAGAUCGGCCUGAGGCUCGAAGGUGGCAAGACGAAAGUGCACUUCGGGGUGGUGGAUAUCGUCCCUAUCACCGACUUCCCUGAUAUACGCGUCUCAUGCUCCAUACACUCAACGAAGGCCGGCAGCACGAUGACAUUCCCACGUGAAGAUCGGCUCGUCAGAUUCUAUGUUCAACUGGCCGAGACCGGCAGCGAAGGCGAUGACCUUGACACAAGCAAGGUCACUCCGGAAAUGAUUACAGAGAAGGCCUCGACAAUUUUGAGUCCGUACAAGCUGUCAUACGAACACUGCGAUUGGUGGUCGAUAUAUACUGUGGGCCAGCAGUGUGCUCCCAGCUUCAGCAAAGGUAAUCGGGUCUUCCUUGUCGGCGACGCCGUCCAUACGCAUUCACCCACAAUGGGGGCGGGGAUGAACGUGUCGAUGCAAGACUCUUACAACCUGGUAUGGAAGCUCGGCCAAGUCAUCAAAGGUAUCGCAAAGCCUGACAUCCUGGACACGUACAAUGCCGAACGACAAUCCGUCGCACAAACUUUAAUAAAGAUGGAUCGAGACAUGUGCGACUUCUACGAGAAAGGAGCCGGCUCGGAUGCACACAAUUACGACGAGUUCUAUGAGCGGUUUCGAACGUUUCUCAGUGGAGUUGGUGUGGAGUAUGGUCCUAAUUCCUUGGUGGUCACAGCACGCGAAGAUGACGGUUCGAGAGAUUCCCAAUCCGGUACCGAUCUCGACGGUUCGAGCCAAACUCGACGACCCUCGACGCGGUCGUUAGCGAGUAAGAUACCACUUGGACAGCGACUACCCUCCUUUCUGGUAUUGAAUCAUGCAGAAGCUAAUAUAGUUCAUGUCCACUCGAUGCUGCCAGCCGAUGGCCGCUGGCGGUUGUUAGUGCUCGCGGGUGAUAUAAGCCAAGUCGCACAGAUGGCACGCUUACGCACUCUGUGCGCGCGCAUGGAUGCACCUUCAUCGUUUCUACGAACAUACACACCAGACGGUGACAAGGUCGACUCGGUCAUUGAAGUCUUGACUAUACACGCUGCUUCUCGGCGCAAGGUCGAAGUCUUCAGCCUACCCGAACUCCUGCGCCCUUUCGACUCAAAACUUGGCUACGACUAUUGGAAAUGCUACGCAAACAACUACGAGGGGGAGGAGGGAGACUUUGAUGAUGCGUAUGCAGAAUGGGGCGUUGACAAAGAUGAGGGUUGCCUUGUAGUCCUCCGGCCAGACCAGCACGUAUCACUUGUGUGCGGAUUACAGGACGUAGAAGAGGUCGAGCAGUUUUUCAGCACCAUCCUGGUUCCGCACAAGCGACGGAAAGCAGUCGCUGUAGGUUGUGGAAAGUAG